GUUUUAAUACAUCGCGUUUACAUCGAAUUUACAUUCAAGCGGAUUCAAGCGGACAUGUCUUAUGUUUCUGAUUCCCCUUUAAAUACAAGUAUCUCUUUCGAGAUACCAUUGGAUGAGUUAAAACUUAAGUCACCCCGACCUCCCAGUGUUUCUCAAUACGUGGCUUCACCCUGUCGGAGCAUAAUUUGCGAAUCGGACUUGUCGGAGAGGCUCUCUCGUGCCGACCAGCGCCGUUCCAGCGUACUAUCUGAAACUCGGAAUAGGAAUGUACAAUACGUACAGAUGGUCGUUUCGAAGUGCGAGCAAGAGAAGGAGAGACAGCUCAACCGUUCAAUGGAGAUGGAUGAUCACAUAAAGGAGGAUCUUGCGAAAAAGGUGGAGCGGCGACAGAAAGCAUUAGCUGAAAGGAUCAACCUCGCCAAAAAACAGGUAUGCCUAGUGGAUUUGACGUGAUGCGAUUUAGCUUGUGAAAGUUAAACAGGCGAGCGACGCGCGCUCCUCCUCACGAGAAAGUUUAAUGAAGCACAUCGAUAAAGAUAUGUCUGAUAAGGAGAACAACCGCCGGUCAUUUAUUCAAGGUAUUAAAGAUCAUUGUCACAUGCAGGUGAGAAGCUAAUAGUCUAGCAUGAAAUUCCGUUCUGUACCUCGAUGGGCAAGUACUUUGGGAUUUCGAUUCCAUGAAUGGUUCUAGAUUGCCAUUGACAUAGUUAUCGAUGCAGUCAUAAUUUAUCGCAGCGUUUUGUGAUGCUCUGCAACCCCACAACUGCUCUCCAUGUUAAUAUUGAAGAGUAUAGCAAGGCUUUUUCGCUUGAGAUUACUUAGCUGUUUUUCAAGAGAUUCUAACAUCGGCGAUAAUCUGCAGCUAGUUAGAAACUAUAUCUUAAGGCUGAUCGCAGUUCAACCACACAAACGAUUUCCCUGCCGUUGCGGUCUUCCUGGUUCUGAAUGAAUAGAGCACGCUUAAAUUUUGCUUUCCAUAAGUCAUUUGAAGCGGGCGCUCUCAGGCGGCCAACGGAACUAUUCUAGCUGACAGUGUGCUCGUUGUGCAUGCCGUUUAAUGUGACGCAACUGUCGGGAGUCUGGUCAGGUCAGGUCAGGUCUUCAAGGACGAAAUAGGGCUUCGUCUAACGAGCGUCCCGUUUCAUGUGCCGGUAAGAAAACCAAGGCCCCAGGCACUUCGAUCUUCAAGCUUCACUUCUGUAGAGAGUAAAAAGAGUAAGAGGAAUCUCUCAAAACUUCAUGGAACUAUUCUUGACAUCCUAUUGGUUCCAAUUAGCAUCCACUAAUAGCGCAAUUCCGUAAACAGUGGACCAAUUCAUAUCUAAGUUUUUUAAUGGUUUCAAUAGGAUUACAUUUCACUAGUGCUGAGGAAAGUAAAUUCCGACUACGUACCACGCGGUUAGUGAAAAAUUUUGCUCCGUUAUCCAGUCUAGACCUGUGCGUUAUGGGCUUCAGACGGUGUCCCCGCAGGUGGUUCGACAUAGCUAGUUCAAAGAGGCUGGUACGCUAAUAAUAACGAUAAUGUGUCAGCUUUAUGCUUUAACGACGCUUCGCUGCCGUGCGAUCACCACCAGCCGCACGCGGGCUGAUUUUACCGCGAGGACGCUCAUCCCUACGCGGAUUCGAACCCGCGCCGAUCGGUGGGCUUAAUGCCACUGACUCAGGUCUCCCCUUAGUCUGCGAUGUUCCAAUGAAAGCAAGUCUGCUCCUUAUAUUCUAGUGAAUAAACAAUCCAGGCAAUCAAAGUACGACUUCUCGCGCUGGCCUUCAAUCAUUCUGGUGGUCAGUCUUUGUACUUUCUCUAAGCAAGUGACGUCCUUUCGAAAGUAAGGUGCUUAGGCCUAAAGACAAUACCCUAAGUGCCGCCGAACCACCGCUUUGUACAACAGGAGAAAGACCUCAGGUUUAGUGUUACACAACGCUCUCUUGAGGCGAACAAGUUCAUAUUGGCACUGCAUCAGUGGCCUGAAUCAAUCUGCCAUAACGAUACUUAAGUCCCUCAUUAUAUCUACACAUUGAAAUGUUAGGGACCCUGGGGAUGUUUACACCUUAAUCCAACGUUACUGGAUGAUAACAGCUGACAUUUGUCCGUGUUCAUUGGCAAUUCCCAUGAUUUAGACCACUGUCACAGUACCCAGGUCUUCAGGCAACGUAUCAUUAGCUCCCCUACUGACAAGCUUUACGUCAUUUGCAAAGCAUACCACGGGUUCUCGAUUAGUAGGGCCAGGUCAUUUCUAGACAUAAGAAACAACGAUCCUAGCACUGAACCCACAGGGACUCCGCUGUGGUCAGUGCCCAUUCUGGAUCUGUUCUCACCUGUUCUGACAGUGAACUUUCUGCCACAGGAACUCCGACAACUAGGUACUCGGCUGGGGAUGCAACCUAAACAUUUCAUUGUUCUUGAUAAGGUUCGCUUGUGCUGUGCGAUGUUUCGCCUCUGCACAUGGCUCACCUUGUUAUUGCUCACAAUUUCUUCACAACUUAAUAUAGUUCGUGUUACCUCAUAAUUUAGUGGGGAUUCGGAAAAUCACUUGAGUUGGACAGUAGAUAAAUCAGUAGUUCCGUUUUAUAUUGUGGUUCUGGCCACUAUGUGUUGUGUUGUCGUUUGUCGUUCUUUGGGUUGUUCUUAUCUGAUUGCAGUUCAACGCAUUUUUCAUUGUUCCACCAUCGUUUCGGCACAGGCCUGUCACUUGUUACGAGAUCAAGCUGAGGAUAGCCGGUUACUCUGUAUUCGGGAAGAUAGGGUUUGCUAGUUAAGGCCAAUUACUGCCUCCGACCGCCUUCCAGUGUCGGUUUGCUCACUCAGUUACCCUACAAUGAACAUGGAGUGAAAACUAGCCCUGGACUACCGCACCAGAAGGAAAGAAGCAAUGUCAGAUAAAGUAUAGGAAUACGCUGAUCUUUAGGCGUGACCCUCUGGACUAACUUCACAGAUAUUCCGCACUCCCUGACGGAAUAGUCGAAAGAUAAUAUUCCACCCCCCCACCCCCCAAACGUAAUAGUCGGAGGAUGAUAUUCCACAGUGUUGGUUCCUCGAAGCUCGGAUGUCCCAGGCACACAGACAAAACAAGCUCAACACAAUGCCGCAAGAAAGUAGAGUGCGCCGUUGAAGGUUGAGAGAAGUAUACCGGAAAAAGCGGUCAAUUAAAGCGACUGCACAAUACCGAUUGAAAAAUGAAGUGAGAAA